GCAAAGUUUGCGCCAACUUCUAGGCAGCAGGGCGAUGAACCACCUGGAUCGAACGACGACCCGCCAAACACUGCAACAGGCGGUUCGUACGGAUCGUCAGUCUUGCUACAGGCAUCUCAGAUAAUGAGCAUGGGAAGGAGUACUAGCAAAAGAGCAACAAGUAAAGAAUCAAUCCUUGGUAGUACUAGUAGCCAACAUUUAUCCGCGUCCUCUAGAACGUCCUCUCACGGAGCAGGAGGCCUUGCAGGAGCUACAACACAGCUUGCGCAUC